AUUACAGCUGUUUUCAAAAAUAUGCGGAAUCGCAAAAGUUGAAACUCGUGCGUCGGAAAUGUCCGGCCAGGACCCCAUAAGCACUUGAGUAACCAAUCCAGCACCAAUUCAGAGUGCUUUGCUGAAAGACAAUGUCGUCGCCAUCACCCUCCGUUGAGAUACCUCAAUUUAAGGCUACAUUCAUUGUCCAUCUUGAUACAUACACAAAGACUACUACUGAAACUAAUGGCAAAGCAAAGUCCAAGGAAGUCAAGUCUACAAAAGUCAAGGAACUUGUAUUUCAAAUCUCUGAGCCCAACUACCUCGAAUUUCUGACUAUCAUCCUCGCAAAACAUGACAAGUCACAAUACAGGGUUACUGAGAGGAAAAAAUAUGGUUUCAAGUACCUUGUUGGCAAUUCUCGUGGCCGCGUCGAAGCCAUGGAUGUUGACAACAAAGAAGAUUAUGCGGAGAUGGCAAAGAAGCUCAUCUCUAAAGAGCCUCAAAAGGUGAAAGUCUUUGUUGACAUGAAAAAUGUUGAGAAACUCCCUGUCUCUACUGCUCAAAAUGAGACUGCAGGUGAUAUGGCAAGCCAAGAUAGCGGAGCAUCAGAUGAUGAGAUUGUAGCUGUAGACUGUACUACUGAACUUGAUCGUGAAAUUGCUCGUUAUCGCAGGCUUAUCAUCAAGAAAUGGGGUAACAGUUAUGAUAACUCUGUCACAUAUGUCCACCAAAGUGGGAUGGAGAUCCCAUGUACACCAGCAGUGAUAAAGGACUGGGCUCGUGCAAUGUAUGAUGGGGAAGCUACCACCACUGUGCCACCCAAUAUCCCAUCUUUCGACCCUGCAAAAUGCGAGCCUGCUUUGCAUCCGAUGCGCCGAUCCACUCUUGUCACUUCGACACCUGCAUCCACAUCAAUCAACAAAACUGACAUCAAUUCACUCACAUCUAUGCUCCUUUUGCGAACUGUGCAAGACCUCGCUCAUGAGACAACUACCCCUUUGACACCACACCCAGCUCGAGCUCCAACCUCACUCCCUCAUGCUGAGGACCACCUUGGUGUUGCAUUUGCUACAACAUACGAAUCUUCGCUACGUGGUAUUGGUGCAGGGCCAGAUAUACUUGCAGAAAUGGCUGACCAGGAUCUCGUUUGA